AUUGAACCGGAAGAGGCUUUCUGCGUUUGAGGAGUGGAGUGUCUGGUACUGAACAACCAAAAGUCCAAUAUGAAACUGUAUUGCCUGUCAGGGCACCCAACCUUACCGUGCAAUGUGCUCAAAUUCAAAUCAACUACCAUUAUGUUGGACUGUGGACUGGACAUGACUUCCACUCUCAAUUUCCUUCCUUUGCCACUUGUUCAAAGCCCCAGGCUGUCUAAUCUUCCUGGCUGGUCCCUAAAGGAUGGAAAUGCUUUCUUGGAUAAGGAGCUAAAAGAGUGCUCAGGUCACGUAUUUGUGGAUUCUGUGCCUGAAUUCUGCCUGCCAGAGACCGAGCUAAUAGAUCUGUCUACGGUAGAUGUGAUCCUCAUCUCUAACUACCACUGCAUGAUGGCGCUGCCCUACAUCACUGAACACACCGGUUUCUCAGGCACAGUGUACGCCACAGAGCCCACCGUUCAGAUCGGCAGGCUUCUCAUGGAAGAGCUGGUGAAUUUCAUUGAAAGAGUACCCAAGGCUCAGUCUGCCUCCUUGUGGAAGAACAAGGAUAUUCAGCGGCUGUUGCCUUCUCCACUCAAGGACGCAGUGGAAGUAUCAACCUGGAGAAGAUGCUAUACGAUGCAAGAGGUGAACUCUGCCCUUAGCAAAAUCCAGCUGGUGGGGUAUUCUCAGAAAAUUGAGCUUUUUGGUGCAGUCCAGGUGACUCCACUAAGCUCAGGCUAUGCCCUUGGAAGCUCCAACUGGAUUAUCCAAUCCCAUUAUGAGAAAGUAUCAUAUGUUUCCGGAUCCUCCUUACUUACCACACAUCCCCAGCCUAUGGACCAAGCUUCUCUCAAAAACAGUGACGUUCUCAUUCUGACAGGCCUGACCCAGAUCCCCACCGCGAACCCAGACGGCAUGGUGGGAGAGUUCUGCAGCAAUCUGGCACUGACAGUCCGGAAUGGAGGAAACGUGUUGGUGCCCUGUUACCCUUCCGGCGUGAUCUAUGACCUCUUGGAAUGUCUGUAUCAGUACAUUGACUCAGCCGGCCUCUCCAACAUCCCUUUCUACUUCAUCUCCCCGGUGGCCAACAGUUCACUUGAGUUUUCCCAGAUUUUUGCUGAGUGGCUUUGUCACAACAAACAGACCAAGGUGUAUCUCCCAGAACCACCUUUUCCUCAUGCAGAGCUCAUUCAGACCAACAAGCUGAAGCACUACCCCAGCCUCCACGGAGACUUCAGCAGUGAUUUCCGCCAGCCGUGCGUGGUGUUCACCGGGCACCCCUCCCUCCGGUUUGGGGACGUGGUCCACUUCAUGGAGCUCUGGGGGAAGUCGAGUCUCAACACUGUCAUAUUUACAGAACCUGAUUUCUCCUACCUGGAAGCACUGGCUCCCUACCAGCCCUUGGCCAUGAAAUGCAUUUACUGCCCCAUUGAUACACGGCUGAAUUUCAUCCAAGUGUCCAAGCUGCUUAAGGAAGUGCAGCCGCUCCACGUGGUCUGCCCCGAGCAGUACACACAGCCACCCCCCGCGCAGUCCCACCGGAUGGACCUGAUGAUCGACUGCCAGCCGCCUGCCAUGUCGUACCGGCGGGCCGAGGUCCUCGCCUUACCUUUCAAGCGUCGCUAUGAGAAGAUCGAAAUCAUGCCAGAGCUUGCAGAUGCGCUGGUGCCCAUGGAGAUUAAGCCUGGCAUUUCCUUGGCAACCGUCUCGGCUGUGCUGCACACGAAAGAUAACAAGCACGUCCUUCAGCCCCCGCCCAGGCCGGCCCAGCCCACCGGCGGUAAGAAGAGAAAGCGGGCGAGUGAGGACAUCCCGGACUGCAAAGUGCUGAAGCCCCUGCUCAGCGGCUCGAUCCCCGUAGAGCAGUUCGUGCAGACGCUGGAGAAGCAUGGCUUCAGCGAUAUUAAGGUAGAAGACACAGCGAAGGGCCAUAUUGUCCUGCUCCAGGAAGCGGAGACGCUCAUCCAGAUUGAGGAAGAUUCGACUCAUAUCAUUUGUGAUAAUGAUGAGAUGCUCAGGGUACGACUGCGGGACCUCGUUCUCAAAUUCCUACAGAAGUUCUAAAUGGAACAUCUAAGCCAUUUCUACUUCACUGAAAUCCUGCCAUCCUUCGCUGGGGCUGCCCAGCCCAAACUGAGGAAGGGCAUAAAAAGUUAGUCAUGUCUUUGUGGUGUUCUCUGGCUUAAGGAAUAAAGAAGUGGCCCUUGAGGGACGUGAUUAUCAGCAGUUACAGCCAGAAUCUCCUAAGCUAGAUUUCUAGCACUGUUUUGGGCAAGAGCUUUUGCUUUAAACUUAAACUCAUUUUCUUCCCAAUUCUGCCUCUCUUGAGUGGCCAGGAUGGUACUGAGACGUAGCGUAAGAGUAACAAGCAGCUUUCCAAGAGGUUAAUGGUGGAAGGAGAGGUAAAAGAUGACCGAGUUAGCAGUCUGUGUUUGUUUUUCAUGGUUUCAUAGGCCUUGGGCAGGGGUAAUUAGUCUUUGCUUGUGUUUUAUUUACUUGUCUACAGUGCUACACCUAAUAAGAAAGAUGAUCCAAAAAAAAAAUUGGUAUAAUGAACCAUCUAUAUGUAUUUUAUACUGUGAGCCCAUUUUGUUAAUAAAACUUAUUUUUUAUAG